GAAGGCAAAUCUCCCUCUCUCUCUUUCUCUCUUUCUGUUGAAUCUGGUGAAGUCAUAUUUCAGUCGAGGGUGUUUGCUGUAUUUACGCUGGUUAGUCUUGUGUGGUGAACUCUGCACUGUGUUGUAAGGAAGAAGAAGAGCGGGAUCACAGCAACACAAGCCCCUAACCCACCUGUAUUCACCUGAAAGAUACUACACAAAGAUCAGCAUGGCAAACAGAGGUCCUUCCUAUGGUCUGACCCGGGAGGUGCAGUCUAAGAUUGAUAAGAAAUACGAAGCAGAACUGGAGGAAAGGUUGGUGGAAUGGAUCGUCGUCCAGUGUGGCGUGGACAAGCCUGCGCCAGGAAAGAUUGAAUUCCAAAACUGGCUCAAGGACGGAAUUGUGCUGAGUGAGCUCAUCAACAGCCUGUAUGGAGACAAGAAGCCCAUCAAGACCAUCAAGAAGUCCGGCAUGGUCUUUAAACAGAUGGAACAAAUAUCCCUGUUCCUCAAAGCUGCAGAAACCUAUGGAAUCACCAAAACUGACAUGUUUCAGACUGUAGACCUAUUUGAAGGCAAAGACCUGGCUGCUGUCCAGAGGACCCUGAUGGCUCUGGGCAGCCUGGCUGUCACAAAGGACGAUGGGUGCUACAAAGGAGACCCUUCCUGGUUCCACAGGAAAUCCCAGGAAAACAAGAGAGAAUUCUCAGACGAACAGCUCAGCGAAGGCAAAAACGUCAUCGGCCUGCAAAUGGGCACAAAUAGAGGAGCAUCUCAAGCUGGAAUGAGCUACGGACGGCCCAGGCAGAUCUUGAACAACCCCUGAAAUCCAACCAGUGCUUAAAAUCUCCCCUCUUCGUCUUCCCUGGCCCUCUGAACGGCAGCGGGGACGGGGAAACUUUUACCUAGGAGAAUUGUCACCUGACUGUUUUCAAGGCUAAACUGGACCAAAAACAGGGACCAAUGAGUACUUGUGCACAUAUACAACAAUGCAUACUUCAUGUUAAGCACACUUACAUCAGUAGAUACCUUUCUCAGUGAAACUUAACAAUAAGACAGAGCAUUUUGAACAGUAAAUGAUAAGGGUUUUUUUUAAGGAUCAUUCCAGUUGUUUUGUAUGUUUUAACCCACUGCCUUAAAAACAAAUGUGCUUUACAUUAAUGCAAACCAUAAGAUUUAAGAGGUUUUGUUUGUUUCAGUUCACUAUAAAAAAUCAACCUACUUGAGAGACAUAUUUCAUCACAUACAACAGUUUAGCUGAUUUUGGCUCUAUUUGUCUGUCUGUCAGGAGGAUUGUGGAAAAACUCCUGCAUUGCACUAAACACUGCACUGCAAAAAUACCGCAUCUGUACUUCAAUCGUAUAUGUCAGAAUAAUCUGCUAAAUUAUGUUCAUGUUCAGGUUCUUUAUUUCAACAGCUUCGAAAUUUAAAAGCUCUGCUUAUUGGUGCAUUCAAGGACACUCCGAUAACUGGCAUUUGGAAAUUUAAAUGGAUGAAACAACCAAGUCCAUUUGUUAUUCCUCAGUGUCCUAGUUUGUCUUUGUUUCAGUCCCAGAGUUGAUCUUUGAUCCUUGGACAUCAGGGUGUACUUGAAUGCACCACCAGGUAGAGUUUUGCAGCUAUAAUACAACGAUAACAAAAGGACUAAGAGUUGUAAAGUAAUUGUUAAACAGGACAAAUCAUUUCAUUUGUAGUGUCCUGGAAUUUAUUGCAGCCUUGAGGUUUUAUUAUUUUUUAUGGUUCCCAAUAAUGUUAAGCACAAAAUGUAUAGUUGCAACAAACAAAUCCACUGGUUGAGUCAAGUAUAAGUAAUUUUAUAAAGUGAAUUGCCUUGUUUAAAAAAAUGUUUUAAGUGUGUUUUUAUUUUGUUCAUAACAUAAUCUGCAGUCAGGCGUUCUCAGUUAACUCACUUGUAAUCGAGAUCUUGGACCUUCUUUUUAGAGUUUAAUACAUCAUAAUGACAAUGAUUUUGAAAUAAAGUUCGAUUUACCUGUGAAGAA